CUUCAUGUAUGCGGCCAUUAUGAUAUUACUCCUCAAAUAAACACACAUUUUACAAACAACGCACUAUAGAUUUUGCUGAAGUCAUAAAUAUUAGGUUUUUCGAGUACUUGCUGAUACAUUCUGUUCAAAAAGAAUACAAAUUAUGUAGGAACACCAACAAAAUUUGCAUUAUAACACAUGCCGUAAUGAACGCGUGUCUCGAAACUGCUGAACAUUUCUGCUAAGAACGAAAAGUCUCCAACCGACCACCCGGGCACCCCUACGUCAGAACUUCAGAAGUGAUAUAUCAAACGUGAUGUGUGUGCUGUGCAAUGUUAAAAGUGAUUAGUUGUACUUUUAUUAACGUUGUUUUCUAAUCUGUAGUCCCAUUUUCAAUAAAUGGAGUGAUUUUUUGCUGCACGUCCGUGGCUGGGGAACUCGAGCUUUGGACAUCUUUGUUGUUUGAGGCUUGAGCAUUUGUUUACAAUUUUUGGUCACUCUUCAAGCUGUGAUAGAAGAAUAUGUGAAUGUGGUGUAAUAAGAAGUUGAAGCUGAGAUGACGAUGGUGGCUUGUCCGCUCGCAUCACUGAUAUCUUUGACCUCUCAGCGCAGUGCUGCUCCUGCGUUGCUUGUGUUGUCCUCUGCCUUGACUGCUGGUGUACCUUGGUAACCAGGUCCAGGGUUCCUGAACUGAGCGGCAAUGCCUAGUAUCCAUGAAGCUAUUGAAUCUGAUGAGAGCUUCUCUUCUCUCUCUGAUGAAGACGCUCUUGAACACAAAACUAAUGCAGGCAGUGCCAAAACCUCCAGUAACACAACCACUAACACUUCUUUAGUCCCCCCUCUUACUAACAGCAGUGAUAGUAAGACCUGUAACCUUAUAACUGAUUCUAGUGUAGUAGAAGCCCCACGUAGUGAUUCUUCCUGUAUAUCUAGCUUAAGUGAACCUCCCUCCAACUCCAACGAUAAGCCUGGUCUCCAGCCACCGCCAGAUACUAGGACUCUAGAUCCUAUAGACAACAAAGAAAAAGACAUAUCCUUAUCCCCUGAACCACAGAAGAAACCCAAAUCCAGCAAGUCCAGGUCAUCGUCUGUUAAAGACAAAUCCCUUGUUGAAUAUUCGGAUGUGAGCUCUGAGGAAUUUUCUGAGCCUGAAGCUGGGGAAAUUUCUGACAGCCCCAGCAGAAGUCCAAUAUUGCAGCAUCGCGCCUCAACUUCCACAACCACCGCUCCUCUUGUGCGCAGGUAUCCUCUUGUUGAUCCUCUUCUUCCUCCCCACGUUACCCCUCAUCCUUCAAUCAAACCCCACGCCCUUGACAGCCCCAGACCUCUGCUCAAUUCAUCCUAUCCCUCACCCCCAGUAUAUCGGGAACCUACAACCCCACCACACCCAAUACUCAGUAAGAGUGACCUCAGCACCACACCUCACACUCCUCUCUCUAACUACACUCCCCUGUCUUCCCACACUCCUCCAAUUCCUUUAAGCGCCUUCAACUCCUCACAAAGCUGUCCAGAAAAUCUAAGUGAGGGUGAAGUCGAUUCACCUCCUAGGAGCCUUGGAGUGAACCCACAGCCAGUGCAGCGAUUGCCAGGUCACUGUGACAAUACCAAUAGCGGUAGUUUGCCUGGUUCUACCUUACCCCAAGGAUCUGUAAUCCCCGUACAUUCCUUGGUACCAUACCCCACAACCAUGUCCCCUGACCGCACGCGGGAUCCGCAGUACUACGGCAACAGUAGCGCCCGACGUCGAGACGAUCAUCACAGAUCCCGAAGUCCUGAUCAUGAAGCCAGGGAUUAUGGCGCCAGGUCUCGUAAGAAGGAACAUCGAGACAAGAAGAAAAAGAAACACGAGCGCAAGAGAAAACGUACAGAUAGAUCAUACAGCCCCACCAUGCACAAGAGAAAAAAGAAGAAGAAGUACAAGCAUGGCAGCCCUGGACAUGACAAUGUGGACGGCAGUUCUGAUGACACGGUCAGAUAUCCGCAAGACUCUCACAAGUCCCGACCUGCAAGUCCCCGGGCCUACGGGGAUCGUGUCCCGCUGUCGCCACGCGAAGUGAAUUACCGCCGAACUCCCCCUCUAAGCCCUAACAUAAGCAGUGAUUCCCUCACCCGAAAUUAUGGCAGCUCCCGUCGCCCCCACACUCCUCCUCUGACUGGGGCCAACAGAGCCCCCACGAUCACCAUAAGCAGUGGCUCGAGCUCCCGUCACCACAGCCCUCACCACCACCCGUUGAUGGGUGGUGCACCAUCACCACAGAGUAGUAAUUACCCCAGUGUGGACUUGGGGUCAUCACAUCGUGGGGCUCAUCGGGUGUCCCCACCAGCAACUGAUGGGGACGGUGACCGGGGACGACAUCUCUCCAAGAAGGAGGAACGCAAGAGGAGGAAGCGUGAGAAGGAGCGCAGGAAUUCCUGCAGUAAAAGCAAAAGCAGAUCACCUGGCAGAAGGCGACGAGGAUCGCGUUCCACAUCUCGGUCCCGUGCCCGACAUCGACGUUCCCCAUACACUCCCCCAUCUAAGGGAUCACGGGUACCCACGACUGGAGCCUCCCCAGCAGGCAGCUCCAGAUACCCCAGCAAGGGAGGCCGUCACUCCUCGUCCAGCUCCACAUCUUCGUCAGAUCGUAGCUCAUCUCGACGACCACAAAUCGAAGCCCAUCGGUUUGCGCGAGAAAACAACAUGUCGAGCACAAGUUUCUUUGCCGAGCUUGUGAAAUCUAAGAAAAAUGCACGCAAACUCAAGGAAGUCAUGACUAGAGAUGGUGAUGAUGCUGUAGAUAAAGAAUCUUCUUCCAGACAAACCAUCGGUGGUGAUAAAGGUUCUUCUAGACCGAAUGGCGUAUUUGCUGAUGAAGACAUCCACACUUCAGUGAACGAGGCUGGAGUUAUUACUAUUUUAGACGGAGCUGAGAACCCGGUCAACGUGGAGGGCUCGUCACACACCUUAGCUAAUGGGUCUACUGCAAACCCUGUUGUAAGAACCCCUGAACCCAACACAACUCAAACUCCUGUAAAUAAUAAGCACGUUAGACCACCUAUUCCUUCAGCAACGACUCCAGUACCUGUAGUAGACCCUCCAAUUGACAGACCACCUGGUCAUAUCCAGACCCCUGUCCCGGCCGUACCUAAUAACCAAUUAAAUAACUCAACCCAAAUUCCGAGCAAUUCCACCACGACGCCCAGCAAGAGAACUACAAACCUCACAAAACUUCCUCUUCCGCCUGGGAUUAAUCUUGAAGAUAUUGAGUCCCCACCUUCCCCUUCCUCCCCGAACUCUGACGUCUCUGAGAAAACUAAGAAGACGCGCAUCAGCCUCACUAAAGACCUGCCCAUGCCUCCUGUUCUAAGCGGAAGCAACUCUCCCUCUGGAUUAGAAGUGCACAACCUACGCUCCAAGUCUAGCGGCCUGCGUAAAGGUGCUGUUGACGGCCUACCCACCCCCAAAGGCAGGCCGGGCAGCCUGCAGUCAUUCCCCCGGCCCAAGAUAUUAAAUAAACGCAGGACAGAUCGCUCGCACCAGGACGAUGCGUGGAGCCAGCGAUGCGUCGACGUGUUCGACAUCAUCGCACAGAUCGGGGAGGGAACCUAUGGCCACGUCUACAAGGCGCGCCCCAAGGAUUCUUUAACGGAUGAGAUGGUGGCGCUGAAGAAGGUGCGUUUGGAGAACGAGAAGGAAGGAUUCCCGAUCACGGCCGUGCGGGAAAUCAAAAUCCUGAAGCAGCUUCACCACAGCAACAUCGUCAACCUCAAGGAGAUCGUCACGGACAAGCAGGACGCCACUGACUUCAGACAUGACAAAGGUUCGUUUUACCUUGUGUUCGAGUACCUGGACCACGACCUGAUGGGGCUGCUGGAGUCCGGCAUGGUGGAGUUCACGGAGACACACAACGCGAGCAUCAUGCGCCAGCUCAUGGAGGGACUCAAUUAUUGUCAUAAGAAGAACUUCCUGCACCGUGACAUUAAGUGCAGUAACAUCCUUAUGAAUAACAAAGGUCAAGUUAAGCUCGGAGACUUUGGUCUAGCGCGCCUGUACUCCUCUACCAACGAGCGGCCGUACACGAACAAAGUGAUCACGCUGUGGUACCGCCCCCCGGAGCUCCUGCUGGGGGAGGAACGCUACGGCACUCCUAUUGAUGUCUGGAGCUGCGGGUGUAUCCUGGGGGAACUCUUCCAGAAACGUCCUCUCUUCCAGGGCAACAGUGAAGCGAUGCAGUUGGAAGUAAUAUCGCGCGUGUGCGGCACCCCGACGCCCGCCGAGUGGCCCGACAUCGUCAAGCUCGCAGGCUGGGCCACCAUGAAGCCUAAGAAAACCUACCGUCGACGUAUACUUGACGAUUUCAAGGACCGCAUGCCGGCUGAGGCCCUGGCCCUGCUGGACCACAUGCUGAGGCUGGACCCCGGUAAGCGUAUCACCGCAGGCGACGCCCUCAACAGCCCCUGGCUUAAGAACGUAGACCCUGAGAAAGUAGAACCUGAUCCCCUCCCCCGCAAUCAGGACUGCCACGAGUUGUGGAGCAAGCGACGCAAGCGGCAGCUGAAGGAGCAGCAGCAGGGCAGCAAUGCUGCACCUGCUGCUGCACUGCAGCACGAGCAGCAGCAGCCGCUGAGCUACGCGCAGCACCGCGAGAUGCUGCAGCGCCAGCAGCACCAGCAGGGCGCCGCUUAUAAGGCCCCUGAGGAGACAAACCCCGUCGGGGAAGAUCUCCCCAUACUCCACAACCCCGGGGGUAACGGGGUACAUAUUCCCCCAGCAAAUGGUGGCGGGGGUAAUAAUGGGGUUGGUGGAUAUGGUGGUGGCGGUGGUGGGGGUAAUUAUGGCGGUGCGGGGAACGAUGGUGUUGGCGGGUUGCCGGAAUUCGACGAAGAUUCAUCGUCUCGAGGACCGAUAAUUCCUGAUCCCCUCGGGGGACCUUACCAUCCCGACGGUCCCAAUGUUGCUGGGGGGUCCUCACCCCCGCCCCGACCCCUGAACCUUCUUAACGCUUCUCGGGGGAGCAUUUCCCCCGGCCUGCCCCCCCGUGGUGGGGGACCAUUGGGGGUGCACAGGUCGGUGGGGCACAUGGCCCACCUCAUCGCCUCCCGUCAGGGCCUCAACUAUGGACACGUCGCCGCCCUCACCAAGGAGCCGAGAGAAUAAACUCGGCCUUCAUCAAGUCCUGCAGCGAUCCUUCUCCUUCAAGAGGAAUUCUCUUCAUCCACGACCCAUGAGGAUGCAGCUGGAAACUCCUUUGCUUGUGUAAUAAUUGCCAGAUUUCGGGAUAUGAAGCUACUUUAAUGUGCAUUCAGUAGCCAGUCCAGAUGUGAGAACUCUGUGAAAGGUAUACUUAUGAGAAAGCGGUAUACUCUUGAGCACUCCAAUUUUAAGGCAUACCGGUACUCUUUAGAACGCACAUUAUUGGGAGGUAUGCUUCUGUGAAAAGUAUACUUAUGAGAAAUCCGAUUCAGCGGUAUACUCUUAGAGCACUAUCAUUUUUAGGCACACUCCUUAGAACUCACCUUAUUGGGAGGUAUGCUUCUGAGUACUCACAUGGUAAGGUAUCCUCCUGAGACCUCGAAUUAAGAGGGAUAGUCUUGAGAAUCCCAUUUUAAGGCAUACCGGUACUCUUUAGAACGCACAUUAUUGGGAGGUUUGCUUGUGAGUACUCACAUGGUAAGGUAUCCUCCUGAGACCUCGGAUUAAGAGGUAUACUCAUGAGAACUCUCAACGGAGGUAUAUUAUCGAGGACUCUCAACGGGAAUUAUACAUACACGUGAUUAUUUAAUGGACUGAUAUAUUCGCAAGUACUCGCACUGGAAUGAAAUAUCGUUGUACGUUUCCAAGUCUGCCAUCGAGUGCCAGCUGAAGAGAAAUAAAGGCUUCGUACACAGUUACUUGUGAUGGCUAACCGGCCGCCCCUGUAAAUAUCUAUUCAUAGUGCCGUUCAUGUCGGAAUAAAACGAAUUUCUACUACAGUUAUGUUGAUCAUACUAUUUAUACCCCUACUAACCGUGUACACUCAGAGAAAUGAGUGAGAUUUUGUCCGAAUAGCAAUGCACUUUUUGCCCCGUGAGUGUCAUUCUGACACCAUUUUUACCCCUUAAAAAAGACGACGUUUCAGCGCGGGUGCUCGUGGUUUCAGUAAUAAAGUGAAUAAAAAUUUGGACAAAAUGACCCAUUCAUUUUCUGAGUCAUAGAAACCCUGAUGUGUAGACUAUGUGAUUAGUGGUAAGGCGUCUGUAUCAUCGUCACUAUCAGUGAUAGAUAAUUUACGAAGAAGCCAUUGUUCUUUAUAUUUUAAAUGGCAGAGAAGCAAAGGUCACCGGAAACAGAUGUAGUUGACAAUUGUUCAACAGUUGUUUGAAGGCCACAUUAUUGAGGUGUAAUGGAUGGUCGAGUGUGGAGACCUCGUGACAGAGAUCCACCCAAUUUUCGCCUUAAGGUUUAACAUUGUCUCGUGAUAUAUAACUCGUUUAUAGAUUAAAUGUUUGUACUACUCGUAUUAGCGGAAACUGCGGGCGCUGCUAAUAUAUGUGGUUCCAGCUGACAUGUGAAGUUGAAUUGACUCUGAUUAAUCGUUUUUUCGACAAAAUCGACUCGUAAUAAAAGUCUUUUUACCAUCAUUACUCUGAAAUGAAAUAUAUUUAACGAUCGCUUGUCGAGCCAACACAGCUACUUGCAUCCGCAAUGCAUUCGUACUUUUAAAGGUGCACAUUUGUAAUCAAGUUAAACUUGAACAAACUCUCACCUGCAAUACAUUUAAAUGCCAAUAAUAGUACGAAUUAGCAGCCAAUAAAUUGAGACGACCAUAUAGUUUGACAAGGUUCUCAAGUGGGCAAAAGUUUAUUCCUGUCAUAUUUUUGUCACCCCAGAAUAUAUUCCUGGGAAAGAUUCUCAAUUAUAUUGGACUAUUUGAAUAACGAAAUGUUUAUAAAUUCUUCAAAAAAUUGCAUUAACCCGUAUUUUUCAUACGUAAGCUCCAUUGUAUUUAAUGAAGAAACAUAGGCCUAAAUUAACGACUGAAGUUGAAACUUGUAUAUAGUGUAAAGUUAAUGGAUUAAAAAAACACUUCAGUAAUGUUCUAGGUUACUUAUACUUAAGUAUCUGCCCAUGUCAGAUAAAUACAUUUUAGAAUAUAUUGCGCUUUCUGUUUAUUUUGGAAAGGCCUUCAAGUGUACAGUAGAUUUAAUUGAAGAGGUUGUUUGUCGUUUUGUGGAAGUUUUUCAGUAAUUUUUCAAAUUUUCAUUCGAAAUUGAUUCUAUUUUCCUUCAAAUUGAUGAUAUUGCACAUAUAUCAUCAAUAUAUUGCACAUAUAUCACAUAUAUCAUCGUGGAGAACAUGUCGUGUUGGUGGAUAUGCAUGUCACGCAUGUUCGCUGGUCGGUUAUAACACCGAGUCUCUUUCUAGACAUGUUCGCUAUAAUCCCCUUGAAAAUAAUAAGGAUAGGAGCAUAUCUUCAAAUACCAAGCUAUUGAACUUCAUGUAAGCGACCUCUUGUUCGAGUGUCUUUGUUUCUGUUGCUUU